CAUCCCGUUGUAAUUGGUAAUGAUUUAAGUGUUAUAAGCUGUUGAAUGUCGAUACCAAUAAUCAUGAAGAAGCAAACACACAAAAGGUUGAAAACCAUAGUUGAGGUUUGUGUUGGCCAGUCUGUGUACAUACCUGAUGAGGCAGCUGUGUGGAGGCAUGGGGUGGUCCAGAGUGUCAAGGGAGAUAAAUGUGAGGUGAAACUACACAUCUCUCAGGUUGUGAAAGUCCUGAUGGCAGAAGUCAUGCCGACAUCCCAUGUUGAUCUCCUCUCAAUCAAUAACCUGACAUGUCUCAGUCCGCUGAAUCCGGCAACAGUGUUGGAGACCGUUGAGAGGAGAUACAUGGCUGGUAAUUACUACACCUCUACAGGCUCUGCCAUGGUGGCUGUCAAUCCGUACCAACCCGUCUCACAGCUGUACAGCCUUCCCACCAUCCUCCUGUACAGCAAUGGGGAACAGGAGUUACCUCCCCAUAUCUACAGCAUUGGUGAAGUGGCCUUCAGGGAGUUAAGUUCAGAGGCAGAUGGAAGGAAUCAAACGAUAGUUGUCAGUGGGGAGAGUGGAGCAGGGAAGACAGUGACCGCAAAGCACCUGCUGAAGUACCUGGCUAUACGUGCACACCCUGAGUCACACAGGUUGUCUCUGUGCUACUCCUCUGUUGAGAACAAAAUUCUGGAUUCUAAUCCAAUCCUUGAGGCCUUCGGUAAUGCUUCCACGCCACGUAACGAAAACAGUUCCAGAUUUGGCAAGUACAUCCAGCUUCAGUUUAACAGUUGUAUGUCUGUGGUAGGAGCCAGCAUAAACACUUACUUGUUAGAGAAGACACGAGUCGCACAUCAGGCAGACACAGACUGUAACUUCCAUAUCUUCUACCAGAUUGUAGAGGGAAUGUCGUCUGGGUGCGUGUCAGUUCCUGGGGUCAGUCCGAGGGACUUGCAGUUCAGAAUUCUACCUCAGGCUAACUGUCAAUCUGAAGACACAGAGAGGUAUGGCCACACGGGGUGGAAACAGACUCAGGCAGCCCUGGAUGAUGUAGGCCUCUGUGACUCUCUACAGCAGGCUCUUGUACAGUUGCUGGUGGGCAUUUUAUUCCUGGGUAAUGUGGAGUUUGUACCAGAAGAUGAGGAUACUUGCGCAAUUAGUCAGCUCUCAGCGAGCACUGAAGGCUUGUCCACCUCUGCUCAGUUACUGGGGCUGGACCCAAGCAGACUGGAGAAGCUGUUUCUGUUCAGAAACAUUCAGUCGUCAUCCAGAAAACGACGGAGCAUCUUUGUCAAAGCACAGAGUAGACGUGAGGCAGAGAGCAGGAGAGACUGUCUCCUCAUGUUAUUAUAUUACAGACUUUUUGACUGGCUGGUUGGAUUCAUCAACAGUAAGAUUACCUGUGCAGACUCCAGGAGUUGUAUAGGUUUACUGGACAUCUACGGAUUUGAGUCAUUUGAAAAUAACAGCCUGGAACAACUGUGUAUUAACUAUGCAAAUGAGAGGCUACAACAGCACUACAUACAUCACUUCCUGAAGGAUAUACAGCUGGAUUAUGAGCGGGAAGGAUUACAGUGGGAGCGGACAGACUUCAGAGAUAACUUGGCCAUUGUCCACUUGCUGGAUGGAAACCCCAGUGUGUUUGGGGUGCUGAAUGAGGAGGUGUACCUGAACAGAGACUGUGACCCAGUGUCACUACGAGACAGGAUCGUCUCGCUGACCAGUGAAUGUGCCAGGCCAGGCAGAGACAGGUCAAAGAGGAAGUUACAGUCAGAAUUCCAGUUCAGUGUUCAGCAUUAUGCCGGGGAAGUUAACUACUGUGUCAGCAACAUGGUGGAGAAAAACAGGGACAACAUUCCUGCAGAGUUCAGUGACAUGCUGCAGGCCAGUAGUCUCCCCUUAGUCUCCUGCCUCUUCGUUAAUGGAGACUCUGAAGGCAGUUCAUCAGGACGCAAGAGGAAAUCUGUUCUCGUCAAGUUUAAGGUAUUGAAUUCUCCGUGUUCUUCAUUACUCCUAUCUGUGCUGUCAAGUUGGCAUAGAUCUCUGGAUACAAAUGCUGAAUUGUGUUUGUGUAAUACUCUUCUACCACAACUGGAGAUAAAUGUAUUCAGUAAUUCAAUGAAAUGGCUUGUGUUUCAGACCUCUCUGGAUGAACUGAUGUCAGAGGUCAGUGGUUCUCAUGUGCAGUAUAUACGCUGUAUUAGGCCCAACCGUAGCUCCACCCCCAAGGUGAUUGACAGGCCUUACGUCGCUGAGCAGUUGGCAGCCAGUGGCAUCCUUGAGACAGUAGAGGUGUGCCGGAGAGGCCAUGGUGUUAGACUGCCCUACCAGUGCUUCUUACGGCGCUUCAGCCCUUUACUUACGUGUGCGUACAGUAACGGCUCAUCGUCAACCAAGAGGUCUGAGGAAGAUAAAGAAAAUCAACAUGUACUGGGAGGUCAGGGUAGCCUAGAGGUGAAGUCUUCCACGCCCAGUAAACGACGAAGACUUAAAGAUGAGAUGAGCGAUGAACAGCAGGUGUGUCAGGCUAUCCUCAGAUCAGCUCUCCCUACACACGCCAGUACAGGGCAUCUGUUUGGUACAUCCAAACUCUUCCUCAAAGAAUACCAGUGGAAUGAGUUGGAGUCGGUGCGCUUGCGUCUGUUGUCAUGGUGCGUGCGACGUGUCCAGAGGUGGUGGAGGUGUCAGCGCUCGAGGAGAGCCCUGCAGGAGAGAGUCAGAGAAAAGGACCGAGCAGCACGACUCCUACAGAGAGGUAUGAACCCUCCUCAACAGUAA